UUUUCAAUAAAUCAUUACGUAUGCCUAAUCAAAAUCGAAUGAGACAUUUAUUGUUUGUUUAAUUUUUUGCACAUAGGGCAAGGUUGUUUUGAAUAAAAUCAACAAUAGUUUAUAAAACAAAACUAGUUUAUUGUUACGCUACAUUUUUAUCAUAUAGUUUGCAUUAUUAGAAGAUUUAGCUGUUAAGAAGUUGAUGUUAAAAAUAUAAUUAUGGAAUUUCCUAAAGUGUUAUUUUGUCUUGUGGUAUUAUUGGUACCAAAUAUAAUGUGCAUGACUGAAAAUGUAGAGGACUCUGGAUCUAUAGAAAUUCCUACAAGAAAACCAAACAGAGGGUCCAACAAUGGAUUCUCAGUAUUCCGACCAGCAGACGAUGCACUAUUUAAUUUUAUUAAUAAAUUGGUCAACACCAGCUAUCUAUCAUCGAAAAUGGUUCUCAACAGAGUCAGAACCCAAAGCGAAGUUAGAAAACAAAUAGAAGAUCAGGUAGAAGAAUUUUUGGAAAGUCUACCGAACGUCCCAAUACCAAUUUUGGAUGACCUGACUCCGUCGGAAAAAUCGAAUUAUAAUACUAAAUACAAUGAAUAAUAAUGGCUAUCUUCUUAUAUAUUUUUUUUAUAUUAUGUUUUACUGAAAUAAACGAAUUUAUUUUC